GCCGUCAUCUCGACCGCCCGCUUGUCGGCGCCAUGGCAGACUCUGUCCCCAAGGAUCGCCCCUUCGAGCCCGUCACUGACCCGAGGAUGAAUGCGACGCCGUUGGACUACAAGGAGCAAUUCCAGGGAGCGAUGACUUCCCAGUACGUCGAUCCUUGUAAGGCGGCGCAGAAGGCAUCACUCAAGUGUCUCGACCGCAAUAACUACGAGCGUAUGCCCUGCCAGGGCUACUUCGAGGCGUACAGGGAAUGUAAGAAGGCCUGGGUUGAACAGCGUAAGGCUGAUCGUAGAGCGGGCACUUACAAGGAUUGACUUGUAAUCGCAUCGACCAAUACACCCCACUCACCUGAAAUCCCAAUCAAGGGCACAUUCCCCCUUCAUGCAGCCUGGGCGAAGAUGCGUUUCUGCUCCUCAGGGCGGAUCCAAAUACUUCAUAGAGGGCUUGACGCUCCUGCCAUCAGGGGAGCUGAAUGCGCGCCACCCGGUCUGCUUUGGUUGUACAAACGAAUACUUCUAUGUACUAUAUAGGGCUGUAGCUCUGCACCUUGAAAGGGACAAUCUACUGAAUGAUUUGCUUGUC